AUGACUUCGACUUAUUACGUUAAAGUAUAUUAUACAAAACAACAACAACAACCAGAAAUUCGUCGAUUUGCAAUUGAUAUUUCACCAAACAAUGAUAUUUAUCAAGAAUUAUGUACCAAAAUUGCAACAUAUCAACCUGAUAUUCAAUUAAAUGGUUUUACACUUCAAUAUAUUGAUGAAGAAAAUGAACGUAUUACAUUUAGUUCAAAUGAAGAAUUACGUUCAGCUAUAUCAUCAAAUAAAGAUUCUAAUUCUCUUAAAAUUUUUGUUACUAUUAAUCAAUCUAUAAAUCAACAAGAAACUACAACGAAUAAAGAAUGUCAUACUGGUGUUGAAUGUGACAAUUGUAAAGGUCCAAUUAUUGGUGUUCGUUAUAAAUGUGCUGUAUGUCCAAAUUAUGAUUUAUGUGAAAAAUGUUCAUCAUCUGAUAUUCAUUCAGAACAUAAUAUGAUUAAAAUAACUAAACCAGGAAAUUUUUAUCAUCCUUACGGUUCACGUCAGAAUAAUCGUCGUUAUCGUCAUAUGUUAUCACCACCAUUUGUACCAAAUGCAGAAUUUUUUGAACAAAUUCAAACACAAAUUCCACAAUGGUUACCUAAUCGAGAAAAUACAGCACAUUUUCGUGCUCAUAUGCAACAACAUUUUGAUAAUAUUAAAACAAAUACACAAACACAAAUGCAAAAUUCAAAACAAUAUCUUGAAAGUGUUGGUCAAUAUUUACAACAAGCAUUAUCACCAUUUGGUAUUGAUUGUGAUUAUCAUGUUGAUGAAAAUACAUCAUCAACAAGAAAUGCUCAACAAGAAACAUCAACAAAUGAAAAUACAAUGUCAUCGGAACCAAGUGCUGUACCAAAAACUUCAAAUACAAAUAACCAAACAACGAACAAUCAACAACAACAACAACAACAAAGAGGAAUUUCAUCAUGGUUAAAUAUGUUUCGUACUACUGGAAAUAUCUCAUCAACAGCAUCAGCUAAUAAUUCAAAUGAUGCGUCGCAAUCAUCAUCAACGGAAAAAGCAGUAGAAGAAUGUGUUGAAAAAAUGAAAGCAAUGGGAUUUGAUGAUACAGAUGAAAAUCUUCUUCAACUUAUACGUUCAAAAAAUGGUGACCUUAUUUCAGUUCUUGAUGAAAUGAGUACACGUUUACAUAACGAUUAA